AUGAGUCGAGAAAAUCAGCGUACCUGCAGUGGAAAAUUGGCAUUUUCCUUUACUUCAGGAAGGAAUUCUGUGGCAACCGUACCGUGUCAGGUAUGCGGAGAUCGCUCGUACGGGCGACACUACGGUCAGUGGACGUGCGAUGGUUGCAGCUGCUUUUUCAAGCGGAGCAUUCGAAAAAGCAUUCUCUACACCUGUAUCUCUGGACAAAAUGACUGUGUGAUUGAUAAAGCCCGUCGAAAUUGGUGUCCAUCAUGUCGGCUUGCAAAGUGCUUUCGACUGAACAUGAACUCAAAAGCCGUGCAGGGCGAACGUGGCCCUCGGUCUGCGGCUUCAACCCUACUACAACGAUCUGCUUUUCGAAGAGACAAACUACGAGGUUCCUCCAAAAACUAUUCCUCUAAUACCUGUAGAAGUGUCGUGGGUAAGGACCGUUGCAUUGCAGUAGUAUGGGGCCCCGCCUUUGUGUGCUUGUAG